ACACCCGAAUUCACUGAUGGAUAUUACAAGAACAGGUUUUCUUUUAUGAGAUCACAUGGAAACUGAAAAGGACAGUUACUCUCAGCUAGAAGAAGAGAUGGUGAACUUGCAAACAGGAUUUUUACCCAGCCAGGAUCUUGUGGGAUCUUCAUUGAUGCAGGAUCAGUCAAGCAUGACUUUCACUCCAGGAUCUCUGGACAGCGAUUGUUCUCCCAUAAAUCAAUCGGAUGAUGGAAUACAGGAUCAGAAUGGUUCACUGUCCUCUUGUUUGACAAUGGACAACUAUGGAGGGCAAACACAUGACUCUGACAGUCAGCCUGAAAGGAAGAGCUCGGAUUCCUCCAUGAGCCCUGAUCUCUCUUUAUCACCCCAGGAUCACAUCCCCAUGAGAUUCCCAAGCAAAGCUUCUCCCAGCGAAGAAUACAGGAGAUAUAGUUGUGAUGAGUCCACUGAAAACAGCUAUGGGAAGUUUGGCAAAGGAAAACAUCAAUUCCACCCUUACAAAAGGCAGUUCAGUGACGUGUUCCCUGAUAGUCUGAAUUCUCUGUCUCUUGGGGAGAAGCCAUUUAAAGGAAUGGAUGGAAUGGAUAGCUUUGACAGUGUUUGUGGACCUUCUUGUCCUGAAGAUACUGAAACAUUUGCAACCCACAUUCCUGAUAUAUCAGUUGAGGCAACAUGGUGCAGUAAUCUACAGUACACUUCCAGUCAUGAUGAAGGAUCACAGAUGAUGCUGGGCUCGGAUGUGAAACUAAAGCCUCAGUCUUUGGUUAUGCAGCAACAAGAGAAAGAGCAGAGGAUGUAUUGGUCCCAAUCUCCAACACAGCAAAUAUAUUGUACCCCGCAGACAUUUCCACAGUAUUCAACAGGUGGGAGCUAUCCCGUUACAUACAUUUCUACAUCACACUAUCCUUAUCAAAGGAUUGCACCACAAGCUGGCAUAGAGCCCCAACAGCCUCUCUAUCCCAAACCUAUCUAUUCCUACAGCAUUCUAAUAUUCAUGGCCCUGAAGAACAGUAAAACUGGAAGUCUUCCUGUGAGUGAGAUCUAUAAUUUUAUGACCGAACACUUUCCUUAUUUCAAGACUGCUCCAGAUGGGUGGAAGAAUUCCGUACGUCACAACCUGUCCCUCAACAAGUGCUUUGAGAAAGUAGAAAACAAAUCUGGAAGUUCUUCCCGAAAAGGAUGUUUAUGGGCACUCAACCCCGCCAAGAUUGACAAGAUGCAAGAAGAAUUGCAAAAGUGGAAGAGGAAGGACCCUGUUACUGUGAGGAAAAGCAUGGCAAAACCAGAGGACCUUGACAAGCUGAUAGGAGAGAGAACAGAGAAGCUGAGGUCCGCCUUGCUGGCUUGCAAUGCUUCUGGUCUAAUGAAUACAUCUGCAUCAAUGCAGCUUACCAUGCAUGAACAAAACAUUGCCUCUUCUUUGUCUGCCUCUCUGCAGCCCAUGCAUGAUGUGUCUGAAUCUAUGCAUGUCAAAAAGCAGCCACCAUGUUAUAAUUCACUACCACAUGGCUACCCUCAGAUUUCACCAGCAAUGAUCCAGCAAACCCAUAGCAUGGCUCAGAACCACCAUUUUUCUUCACCAGAUAACCAAGGUGAAAUAAAUACUCAACCCAUUAAUCCCCAGGACUCUCCAAUACCUGCCCAUACCCCACCUCUUCACAAUAUGAAGAUGAUAACUGAGCAUUCCCCAACCAGGACCAUGCACGACCAUCUGAUAGAGGGGGAACUGAGCACUGACAUUGAUGCACUCAAUCCUUCACUUACAGACUUUGAACUUCAAGGGAGUUUGUGGGAGGAGCUAAAGGAUGACAGCCUCAAUAUGGAUCCUAUCAAUCUUAUAUCUUCUCCAGCAACGCCUCCUCCGCCACAAUACUUUCUUCACAAUGGCAACUGUGAGAGCAACAACAAUGAGAUCAACUCUCCGAACAGUAACUCCCAUAUGGGAUUAGGAGACAUCCAUCUCACGCCUGUGUAUUCCUCAUUCAUGGAGAUGGACAAUGCUGUUUCUUCAUAUCUAAAUAGCUCAGGAUCCAAACAUGUUGCAAUAGUUUAACGUAACUGACACUAUUAUUAGCUCAGCAUGUUUCUAUGCUACACUUAAUAUACUUAUAUGCAAGCUAAAACAUAUAAAUAUGUGAAAUUGCAUGAGUAAUGUAA